AUGGCAGAUGUUCAGCAGCUCGUGGACAUGGGGUUUGCCCACCCAGAAGCAGAGAUCGCCCUGCGUGAAGCAGGUGGCAAUGUCGAGCAGGCGCUUGAACUUCUUCUGACGGGUACGCAGCCUGAGCCAGAGGUUGAGACAAAGCCUGACAAGGCCAACCGUUUCAGCCCCCUGGGCGACACUUCGCUCGCAACUGAUAACGAUUGGCCUGAACUACCGAAACAAAUCACAACAUCUGGCUAUGCCAAGUCGGAUGGGCCGCCUGGAUUAGACAACACAAAGGAUGACCUCGGUGCGGCCUUGGACUUGUCCUUGGAGGACAUAGUGCCGACCCCGCAGAUGCCACGGCCACCUGGGCUUCCGUGCGGACUGCUGAAUGUGGGGAACACCUGUUAUGUCAACUCCUUGCUCCAGACACUCUUUCACGCGGAAGAGUUCCGGGAUGAGCUGCUGAAGUUCAGGCCUUCUGGCUCGAAACUGGAAGAAGAGCAUUCCCCAGGAGGUGUUCCCACAGUCGCUAGCAUGGCCGCAGAACGUCGCCGUGAACAUGCUUUGCAGCUGGUGCUGGAGCUGAGAAAGCUCUUUGCAUACUGCCAACUGUCUGAGCGCAGCUGCGUCAGCCCUGCGCAGCUGCUUCAUGAACUUGUUGACCCUCAGGGUCAUCAGGUGCCUGUGGGUGGUCAGGAGGAUGUCAGCGAGUUCAUGUUGAAGUUUGUAGAUCAACUGGAGGAGGGUGUUGCCACAGAUGAAGAUGAAUCCAAAGGGGAUUCAACUGCCAAGGAAGAGCGCAGUGCGAAAGGUGCCAGGAAGGCUUUUCACGAGCUUCUUUACGGAGAGCAGGUGCAGAUUUUCUCUUAUGUGGAUCAGGGUCAGGAUGGUUGCUCGCCGACGAGCCAAGCCGAUGAAAUGCCAGACAAAGAGCCGAUCACCAGUUCAGAGCAGAGCGAUUUUCUGCAGAUCUUCUUGGAUGUAAAGUACAGAAAUUUGUAUACUGCCUGGGCAGCAGCGAAUGAGCAAAGUGUGGACUACACUACGCCGGCGCAAGGCAAAACUCGCGUGUGGAUACGGAGACUUCCAAAGCUGCUUUUCUUCCAGCUGCAGCGCGUAACCUUUGAUCCGGAGACCAAGGAGCAAGUCAAGCUCGAAGAUGAAUUUGACUUUGAGACGACGAUUUAUCCAGAUCGUUUCAUGCAGAGGAACGAGGCGAUGGUGCUGGAAGUUGAGGACUUGGUGCAACAGCUCCGCAAUCGGAAAGUUGAGAAGGAGCUUGCCCUGCAGCGUUUUCGCCAGUAUCAGGCUACUGCUUGUCCUCAAGUCUCUCUUCCCGUGACCGAACUUCUGCGAAGUGCAGCCAGUUGCUUGGAAGCCAACGUCCGGGCUCUCAAAUCUGAGCCCACGCAAUCCUCCUCUUUCGACCCCGAUUCUGCCCUGAUUGCGAGUCGAAUGGAUGCAAACUCUGAGACUGACUGGAUUCAGACCUUGCAGACUUCGGACCCAGCGCAGACGGUCCAGACCCUCCGAGCUUUAGCAGAUGCAUGUCAAAAUCAGGAGGAGCGCUUGCAAGGGGAGCUUGCUUCCCUGGAACGACAGCUAUGUGAGGCAUAUUCUAAGGACUUGCAGAAACAGCCAUAUUACUUAUUUGGAAUCUGGGUCCACCAAGGCCAGCAGGCGGAGGCAAAAGCAGGUCACUAUGUAGCCUUCUUGAAAGACUGGCGAGAAGACCGCUGGAUGCGCUUCAGUGACUCCUUUGUCUCCAUUGUAAGCUGGGAUGAGGUCAGGGCAGCUGCUCUCGGUGGUGAAACAUGGAACGAUGGACAGAAUGCCAAGUCCCGGUCCUCUGCAUAUGUUCUUGUCUACAUGGAAGCGGCGCUAGCAGAAUCGCAGCAGCGGGAGUGUGCGGCAGCUGACGAAAUUAUUCCUGCGGAGUUGUUGGAGGAAAUAAAGACGGACAACAGAGCACUACAGAAUGAGCGUGGCAGCUGGCAAGAGCAGGUCAAGGUCCGUGAGCUUUGUCAGCACGCGCAAGCGAUCUUUCAAGAGUAUGGUGGGCAUUUGCAUCACUGGAAUCAAAAGAAGCCGAUGGGAGAUGCAUCAGGCAAUCCCCACUCCCAGGACCCCAACCAUCGCAAGCAGCUCAAUGAUCCGGCUUUGAUGUGCAUCGAGCUCUACUUGUUUAAGUCUGGCGGGGAGCAGGAAGUCUUUCAUUACAUGCUUAAGAACAGUUUGGAUUCACAGCGAGCAGUACGCUGUUGGCAGCCAGAAGACGAAAACCGAAUUCUCGCCUUCCUUGCCGAGAUUCUGCGAAGCCAAGACUGUUACGUGAAGAUGCUCAGAGAGAAGUUGGCUGUGGAAGAGUCUGUGGCCUCCUCCACCGAGAAGUCUGAGUCAAGCACGCUUCACACCUCCCGACGUUUCCGUGAGUGUGAACUGGUGGAGCUGGAUCUGCAAGCCUUGAAUGAGAAGUAUGAUACCGUACUCUUGCAGGCCCAUCUCCUGGAUGAGGCCUUGCAGUUGCUGAAGAGGGAGGGUGGCCUGGCUUUGCCUCGAGCCAUUGGCUGGCUUGCUUUGCUUUGGGCACAAUUUAGCCUGGACCUGGACUAUCAGUUCAGGCACAAUGAAGUGCUUCUAGUUCUCAGCGCGCUCAUGUACAACACAGUUACCUGCAUAGAAGAGCAGGAUGUAAUGCUGCAAGAGAACUAUAGAGAACUUGGUGAGUACUUCUACAUCGUCUUGAGCUCCGUGGAGUGGCCGAGAAAUUGGAAGGCCCCGUUGCAAGGACGUAUCGCAAAGAUGUUCCGGAACGCGCAAGACGUGAUGGAGACUGCUUUGAAUGGAAUACUGCAAGAGAGGGCAGAGCGCGAAGGAGCGGCCGGCGUAACAGUGACACCUACGCAUGCUGACCAUAAGCAGCUGGUGUUACGGCGGUCGCUCACCUACCUUGAUGGCAAGACGAUGGAUGAUUUCAAGGACCAUCCGCCUGCAGGUGAGGCAUUUUUUGACCGGCACCGUAUGCUCUGGUCAUGGGCCAUGCAAAAUGACAAGAUCUUGGCAAAGGAGUUUGUCGCUUUGGCUUCUCCAUGUUAG